UAUGAAAAAAAAUUUAUCCUUGAAAAAUGGUCAUUUCCAAAAACAUCAUCAUCAUGUAUACAGUUGAAACAAAUUAACAAUUCAAUGUUCAUUUCGAUAAUUGAAACCAGUUUUUUUUUCUUUCCACCAAAGAAUGAACACUGUCUUCGUUUUCAUUAAAUAUCUGAUGUCCUUGGACACAUAUAUUCUUUUAUGACUGAAAACAAAUCUUUAGCUUCACAUAAAAAAAACAUUUUUGUUUCAAUUUUGUUAGUGAAUGCCAGAUGCCAUUUUAAUUUAUCCAAUUCAACAUUGCUCAUUCAACAGUUGGAUUUUAAACAUUUUUUACAUUGAUUCAAUCAUUCAAUCAAGCUUGCUAAGCAACAAUCAUGUCUUUUAUCCAAAUUCCAGCCGAUCAUCCAUUUCCGAUACAAAAUUUGCCUUAUGGAGUUUUUUCCACAGAAUCUGAGUCUCGUCAUCGGAUUGGUGUUGCUAUUGGUGAUCAAAUUUUGGACCUAAGUAAAAUUGUCCAUCUGUUUCAGGGAAAACAUCUCAAAGAUGUUGCAGCCAAAGUAUUCAACGAACCAACAUUGAAUAAAUUCUUAGAAUUAGGUAAAGAUGCUUGGCAUGAAGCAAGACAAACAUUGCAACAUUUGUUGGAUAAAAAUACAGCCACCCUACGUGAUGAUAGUAAACUUCGUGAAAUUGCUUUUGUUCCACAAGCAAUGGCCACAAUGCAUCUUCCGGCACAAAUUGGCGAUUAUACGGAUUUUUAUUCAUCAUUAGAACAUGCAACCAAUGUUGGCUCCAUGUUUCGUGAUCCUAAAAAUGCAUUGCUUCCUAAUUGGCGAUAUUUGCCCGUUGGUUAUCAUGGUCGUGCUUCAUCGAUUGUUAUUUCAGGCACUCCGAUUCGACGGCCAAACGGUCAAACACGACCGGCCGAUGAUGAACCACCAAAAUUUGGUCCAUGUCGUCUAAUGGAUUUUGAAUUAGAAAUGGCUUUCCUAAUCGGUGGACAAGAGAAUUCGUUGGGACAACCGAUACCGAUUGAAAAAACUCAAGAUCGUAUUUUCGGUAUGGUUUUGAUGAACGAUUGGAGUGCUCGUGAUAUUCAAAAAUGGGAAUAUGUUCCAUUGGGACCUUUUUUGGCUAAAUCACUUGGUACAUCAAUCAGUGCUUGGGUGGUCACAAUGGAAGCUUUAGAGCCAUUCAAAGUGGCCAACACUCCCCAAGAUCCGAAACCAUUUGCUUAUCUUCAUCAUUCAGAUAAUUACAAUUUCGAUAUCAAUUUGAAUGUUUUCCUUAAACCAGAUGGUAUGGAACGUAAUUUGAUCUGUAAAUCAAAUUAUCGUUAUCUUUAUUGGACUAUUAAACAACAAUUGGCUCAUCAUUCCAUUACCGGAUGCAAUAUUCGAUCUGGUGAUCUAUUGGCAACAGGAACCAUAAGUGGACCAACACCUGAUUCAUAUGGAUCAAUGUUAGAACUUUCUUGGAAAGGAAACAGACCAUUAAAUCUUGGUACCGAUGGUGUCAUAACGCGUACAUUCUUACAAGAUAAUGAUUCGAUCAUUAUGGAAGGAUACUGUCAAGGCAAUGGUUAUCGAAUUGGUUUCGGUGACUGCCGUGGAAAAAUAUUGCCACCGUUAAUUUUAGAUUUUAAAUCGUAAAAUAAUUUUAAAAGAUAUCUAUCUAAUAAUGUAAUGCUAAUGGGCAUUUUUCACUCACAGUGAUUAUUAAGACAAAUAAUUGAGUUAUUAUAUUAUUGAUAUUCAUCUUAUUUCAAUGAUUAUCAAAAACAGUGGAAAUAAUAAAAUAAAAAGAAAGAAUU